UAGAACUCUAUGGAUAAAUCUUAAUAUCAGCAUUUUUUUAAAAUUAAUGAAUAAUUUGACAUAUUAAAAUUUUUAAUAUCUGUAAUAAAUACUGCAUUUAUAAGCUGUGGUCGCCACUAUUAUUACUGAUGAGAUUUUUUGUAACUACAAGUAGAAAUUAACUAAUACAAAUUAUACAAUCAUGAAACGCGUUUCGAGAAUUGAGACGGUUAACAUGAUUAUCUAUAAACAAAGAAUUCAUCACUAUAUAGCAAAUCAAGUGGCAAGUGUCACAUUCAGAGUACUCUACUCUGUUUAGAGCUGUGUUCAUGUAUAGUGAUAAGAUCUUUGUAUUUAGUACUUAUUAGUUAUUUCACAGUUAUAUAGACAAAUAUUGUACAUAUUCGUGACUUAUUUACACUUUAAAAAAAUUGGUGCAAUUUAUUAUUUACAUACAUUAUACAACACUAUAAUAUUGUCGUUAACUGUUAAGAAUGUGAUAAGAUAACAUUUACGAUAAGAUUAAAUUAUUAAAUAUAAAUAUUGCUUUUAUGUUUAAUUAUCAUAAAAAAAAGUAAAAUAACAUACCUAGAUAAUAACUUAAAAGUAAUUGUUUUGUCUAAACAUGAAUAAACUAUGAAAUGUUAAUAUAACAUUUUCUUAAUUGGCUAUGGAUUUAAAUAACAAAUAUCAAAAUAUGAGUUCAGAUUCAGAUUCCAAAUCUAGUUCUUUGAAUUCAAAAAUCGAACAAGAAGAAUCGGAAUCAAAUUCACCUACUAAAAGCCGCAGAUCAACAAGUUCUACGUCAAAUGAAAUUCCAACUGUAGGUGAUAUAAAAUUAAGAAAUAAACUAUCUGAAAAUAUUACUUCUGGUCGUUCAGAUGAUCCCCCAUUAUUACCAGGAGAAAAAGUACAAGGUGUGGCUCGAGAUGUUACUUAUUUAUGUCCAUUUAGUGGUCCAGCAAGAGGUUGGUUAUCUGUCACCAACUAUAAAUUAUACUUUAAGAGUUUAGAACGCGAUACACAGCUUAUAAUUGAAGUACCGUUGGGUGUGGUGAGUAGAGUAGAAAAAGUUGGUGGCCAAUCAAGCCGAGGAGAAAAUUCAUAUGGUAUUGAAUUAUUCUGUAAAGAUAUGAGAAAUUUACGCUUUGGUCAUAAACAAGAGAAUCAUUCUAGACGUAAUGUGUUUGAAAAACUUCAGCAAUAUGCAUUUCCUUUAUCUCAUAGUAUUCCAAUGUUUGCUUUUGAAUAUACUGAAAUAUUCCCAGAAAAUGGUUGGAAUGUUUAUGAACCUAUGGCUGAACUCAAAAGAAUGGGUGUACCAAAUGAUACUUGGCACAUUACUAAACUGAAUGAUGGUCAUGACCUUUGUGAGACAUACCCAGCAAUUUUAGCUGUCCCAGCUGGAGCAACAGAUGAAAUUAUAAGAAAUGCUGCAGCUUUUAGAAGUAGAGGUCGAAUACCAGUAUUAAGCUGGUUGCAUUCUGAAUCUCAAGCUACUAUAACUAGGGCAUCUCAACCUUUGGUAGGUGUUGGUGGGAAGAGGUGCCGUGACGAUGAAAGAUACACUCAACUUAUAAUUGAUGCAAAUGCACAGUCGCAUAAACUUUAUAUUAUGGAUGCAAGGCCCAGUGCUAAUGCAAUUGCCAACAAGGCUAAAGGAGGUGGUUAUGAACCAGAAGAUGCUUAUCAAAAUGCAGAAUUAAUAUUUCUUGAUAUUCAUAACAUUCACGUAAUGAGGGAAUCUCUAAGAAAACUAAAAGAAAUAUGUUUUCCAAAUAUUGAUGAAACAAAAUGGUUGUCGGGAAUUGAAUCUACAUAUUGGUUAAAACAUAUUAAAUGUAUUCUGGCUGGAGCUUGUCGUAUUGUUGAUAAAGUAGAAAAUCAUAAAACUUCAGUUUUAGUGCAUUGCUCUGAUGGAUGGGACCGUACAGCCCAAUUGACUGCAUUAGCCAUGGUACUUUUGGACCCAUAUUAUAGAACAAUAAAAGGAUUUGAAGUAUUAAUUGAAAAGGAAUGGCUUAGUUUCGGUCACAAAUUUCAACACAGGAUUGGCCAUGGAGAUGAUCAUCAUUCAGAUGCUGAUCGAUCACCUGUUUUUUUACAGUUUAUAGAUUGUGUUUGGCAAGUGACAUGUAUGUUUCCAAAUGCAUUUGAAUUCAAUGAGUUAUUUUUAAUAACUAUUAUUGAUCAUUUAUAUUCUUGUAGAUUUGGAACAUUUCUUUUCAACAGUGAAAAAGAGCGCUUACAAAAAGAAGUGAAGCAAAAAACUGUUUCACUCUGGUCUUACAUUAACAGUGAUCAAGAUUUAUAUAAAAACCCUUUAUACUGGCCCCAGCAACAUGCUCUAGAACCAGUUGCUUCAUUGCGCUACAUUAAAAUGUGGAAAGGGCUGUAUUGCCGAUGGAAUCCAAGCAUGAGACCACAAGAACCGAUUCAUCAAAGAACUAGAGAACUUCUACAUAUGAAAAUGCAAUUAAUGAAAAUUUCAGAUGAUUAUCGACGAGAACUUAGACAUAAAGCAUCUAGAAACACUUCUAGCAACCGAUUAACUUCUCCUAUACACAUUUAAAUUAUAAAAUUAUCAAUACUGUAUUACAUCUCAUUAAUUUGUUAAACCUAUUUAUUUUAUAUGUUUUAUUGUUAUUAAAGAAAAUUAUAAAUCAUA